AUGUCGGGCAGAGCUCGCAGAUACAUGAGUAAGCGAAACCGCGCUUGUGACUCCUGUCGAGCCAGGAAGGCAGCUUGUCGCAUUGAUCGAGCACCUCCUUGUUAUCUUUGCACAAUUCAUGGGAAAGAAUGCACAUUCUUGCAGCCGAGCUCAAGGCUGCGCCAACCUUUACCCGAGGUGAUUCAACCGCAGGUUCCCCAAGUGGCUGCGAUAUCCAUUCCACGCUUAGAACUUCAUGAGCUUUCACCAAUUGUUGACUCGGUUUCCUACGAUUUUCUGAAGUCUGUUGAUGGGAGUGAGAUAGACCACCAUCCACUUCCCGCUGCACCUGAAGUCUUUGACCAUUUUUUUGACGGAGCUGGAGUCUCGCUGUCAAGUGACUUUGGGGAUAACGUAUGGCCGACUGGGUUUACUCCAGCGAGCUUCAUGUAUGGAUCCCCACAGCUGCCAAGAACUGGAAAUUCCGAGGAUGGAGACUCCUCACAGGCUGCUGGCGUAUCUUUGUCCGGUCAAAAUAUCGACUCCGCAACCUGGCUUGAUACCCAAGGCUUCAUGGCACCACAAUUGCUUGGCAGCAGUGGGGAUAUGAGCCCUUUGCUGAUGAACCGCUAUCAGUAUGACGCGUCGGGAGCUUUAUGUUUCAAAAACCACAAUAUUCAAUCCGUCUCAUCGGGGUCCGACCCUGUGCAAUUUUUACUGUCAGAUUCAUCCAUAUUUGCUUCCAGCAGGGAAGAAAAUGGAUGUAUUGACGUUUCCACCAUUAAUUUGAGGCAAGAACUCGAAUCUUUGGUUCCGACAGAUACUGGUAUCAGACUGAUCAAUCUAUUCGAGAGAAUUGUCGCACCGGAUUAUCCGAUACUUGGUCCUCCUGGCCAACUAAACCCCAGCACGAGCCCGCCAUACCUCCUCGCGAGUGUAUAUCUAAUAGUCGAGCCCUUCACUAAAUUCGACGAUAGACUUUGCAUUGAUCUCGCUUAUGGCAAGCCCUCUAAUGCAGCGCUCUACGAAAUCAUCAACAAAGCGCUUCCAUACGAGAUACAUGCACCAAAACUUUGUAUCGUACAGACGAUGCUUCUCCUGGUCAUUCGACCUUAUCCAGAUCCUAUUGUAUUGGACAGUGGUUUCAAGUGGUCCCAAUUAGCCAUCCUUAUUGCCUGCUCUCACACACUUGGGCUCCAUCUGGACCCAAGGUCAUGGCGAAUACCCUCGUCACAAAUUUCUCUGCGACGUUGUUUGUCUUACUUCAUUUAUUCGACCGACAAGUGGCUUGCAUUGAGUCUUGGACGCCCACCUUUACUGCAUUAUGAUAAUUGGCUCGUGACAACUCCAAGCCAAGAAGACCGUGCCGCCACUGGUCUUGACCCUCUAGCUUGGUCGAACGUCAUGCAGCGAGCGGAGCUUGAUGGAUUGCUCAAUCGUGUGAUAACCAAAUUAUACUCUCCUCGGGCCAUGAACACCCUCUCGGCCGAUUAUGAGAAGACCAUUGCCACGACGGAAUCCCUCCUUGAGGAUCUCCUGUCAUGGCACAGACAGGCAUGUACACCGAAAGAUUCCAGAUCAUCUGAUCACGACAGACCAGGGAGACUACCGAGAACCCUCGAAAUGAACUACCAUUACAUUCAUUUGAGUAUCUGCAAAGCUAUGUUGAGACCAUUUCUUCACCCCGCUGCUGAUGUGGAUGAUGCAAAUUAUAUACUGGCGCGUGGACAAGCACGAAUCCGAGCAAAAACCUGCAUUUCGGCCGCGGCUGAGUUUGUUUACGAUUUACAACCUGAAGAUCUUGAAAUUUUAUGGCCUGCCUGGAGUGCAAGUGCAUUCUCGACUGUCUGUUUCCAAAUCUUACAAAUGGCUGCAAGCUCUGUUGAUAGGAAUGAGGCAGACAAAUGGGUCAAUUGUCUACAGAAAGUGCGCAGAGACAUGCGUCUGAAAGCUGAUGUCUUGCCUUGUCUCCAUUUGGGUCUUAUACGGAUCGACUCUAUGUUCUGGAAAGGAGUUGAUAAUGUGUUGCAUUUGGAAGAACAUGUCCGACAGGCUUUUGCGGAGGGAUCUAGUAUGGGUCGGCCUGUUGCCAUGAACAGUCUGGCCAGAUGA